AUGAGGGCUUUGGAUCACGAGGAAGAAGAAGGUCACGAGGAAGAGGCGACGCUAUCUAUCGAGGCAUGGGCGACCAAGGGGCCACUUGGAAUCGAACCGAAACCUGGCGGGCCCCCGGCCGACGAAUCAGCGCCGGGGCUGAUCAUUCUGCAGUCUUCCCCACUCGCCAGCCCCAAAUGCCUCCCACCACCAGAGCACACUGUGCGUCCAUCGAGUCUGAGUGGAUCACCGCCCUGUCUUCUCGCUCGCGCUCGCUCUCUCUAUCCACCCCUGUCCCGCAUCCCCGACCGACAGUCGUCGUGGAUCACUGAACAAGACAAGACGCGGCGUCGCGCUUUGUGGUCCGAGGCCGAUUGA